AUGAAGCCCUCCCCCGGGCCAUCCGCCGCGCCGGACACGCCUAGUAGUGUGCGCUGCCUCUUGGAUCUGCCUCCCGAGUGCCUCGCGCUCGUGCUCGCCUCUCUGGCGGUGCGGGACGUGCUCGCCGCUGCCGCCACGUGCCCCGCGCUCAAGGUGGCGGCCGACGACCCCAUCCUCUGGCGAAACCUCCUGUGGCAAGUCUGGAUCGCAACCGCCGCGCGCGGGGCCGAGAAGGCGGACUUUGCCGCGCGCCUGCUUCGCUACCAGCAGGCGUCGUCCAUGCGGGCGGGCGUCGGACCAGACAGCACCGGGGCCGCCGUCGAGGCGGAGCUGCCUGAGCGCCCGAGCGAGGCGCGCCCGCUGCCGCUCUCGCAGUGGCUGCGGAGCUACGACGCGCCGGACGCGGCGCUGGCUGGAGUGUGGCGGCAGCGCCUGAUGUGGAGCGGCAGCACCGACCAGUGCCACGGCGACACGGUGGGCUGCGCGUGCGUGCACGGCUCCCCGACGCCGCAGCCGUUUGGGUCGGGGCGAGUGGUGUACUACGAGGUGCGGGUGCUCAGUCAGGGAGAGCACGGGUUCAUCGCAGUCGGGUGGAGCCCCGAGGGCUUCCCGUCCAAGAACAAGCAGCCCGGGUGGGUGAGGCACACAUACGGCUACCACGGCGAUGACGGGCACGUCUACUCGAGCUUCGGGUACGGCCGCCGCUUCGGCGCCCCCUUCGGCACCGGCCGCACCGUCGGCACUGGGCUGGUGCUGCCUCCGCCGGGCGCUCCCCCGGACCGCUGCCACGGCAGCCUUCUCUUCAAGGCGUGGAGGCGCGCCAUCUUCUUCACGGUCGACGGCGAGCUCUGCGGCGCCCCCUUCCCCUCCGUGCCGGCGCCCACGCUCCUCCGGCCGGCGGUGGGCGUGCACUCUGUCGGCGAGCAGGUCGAGCUCCACUUUGGCGACGGCGCGGCGAGCGUCAUCGCGGCGUCGCCGCCGCGCCGGCCGUCGCCCUUCGCCUUCGACCUCGCCGACGUGCAGGCGUCGCUCGAGCAGAUGCUGCCGUGGCCCGAGCAGCUGCAGCAGCUGUGCAAGCAGCUCCUCACGCGCUUCGCGCAGCGGCACGCCCUCGAGGACUACGACGGCGCCGCGCCCUCCGACGAGGAGAGCGACGACGAGGAGGACGGCCAGUGA